AUGCGAGCAGUGAUAGUGAAUAUGAAAUAUUUACAUGAAGCUGGCCGGAAUCAGGAAGCUCAAGAUGACGAUGAUAUAAUGAUUGAACCACCGAAAAGAACCGGUGGACGCCGUACGGGUAUAUCUGCAGAGCCAAUCAAAGAGGAUGACACGGAAUACAAAAAGGUUGUUAUUCCUAAAGAUGAAGCGACGCGAAAAUCCCUCGAAGCAGCAAUGAGCAAGAAUUUGCUUUUCGCUCACCUUGAGGAGGAUGAGGCCAAAACGAUGUUUGAUGCGAUGUUCCCUGUAGAAAAGAAAGCUGGAGAAACGAUAAUCGAACAAGGAGAAGAGGGAGAUAAUUUCUACGUUAUCGACAAAGGGGUUGUCGAUGUCUUCGUCAAUAAUGAGUUUGUCUUAACCAUCAACGAAGGUGGAUCGUUUGGAGAGUUGGCACUUAUUUAUGGAACACCUAGAGCGGCUACUGUAGUUGCAAAGACUGACGUCAAGUUGUGGGCCAUUGAUCGCUUAUCAUACCGUCGUAUUUUGAUGGGCUCGGUGAUGCGAAAACGUAAGAUGUACGAUGAAUUCCUGUCAAAGGUCCAAAUCCUUGCCGAUCUUGACAAAUGGGAACGUGCCAAUGUUGCUGAUGCCCUCGAGCGGUGUGACUUUGAGCCAGGAACUCACGUUGUUGAGCAGGGUCAACCUGGUGACGAAUUCUUUAUCAUCUUGGAAGGUGAAGCUAAUGUCCUACAAAAACGAAGUGAUGAUGCACCAUUUGAUGUCGUUGGCCACCUUUCAUCCUCAGAUUAUUUCGGUGAGAUUGCCCUGCUUCUGGAUCGCCCUCGUGCUGCCACAGUGGUUGCCAAGACCCCGCUGAAGUGCAUCAAGCUCGAUCGUGCCCGUUUCGAGCGUGUCAUGGGUCCCGUUCGUGAGAUCCUCAAACGUGAUGUGUCUAACUACAACUCCUAUGUUAAGCUGAUGACCUAA